CAAUAAUAAUAAUAAUUAUAAAAGAGAAGAAUAGUCUUACAGGAAUGAACAUUUGUGUAAAUAAAAUUAGAAAGUGUUAAAUAUUUUGCUCAGUCCCUCCUUGUACAAGAAUGGACCUGAACGCAUAUUAUAGUCAAAGAGGUAACUGCUGCAGGAUCGCCUACUUGCGCCCCAAGAAGAAGAGCUUUUUUCUUCACUUACAAGAUAUUUCCUUUUGAAGAGGAAUGUAUAUUCUUUAUUUUUCUAUACUCUAUAACUAAACACUAUUGCGAAGUUGGACGUAAUGCACAAGGAAUUGUCAUCGGCGUUUCGUUCGCUAUGGAGAGCUGGAAUGGCCGUCGCAAUUUCUACAAAGUUUCCUGGUCAUAGAUUCGUCUAUCGAGAUCUCUUACGAGAUGCAUUUCGAACGCAUAGUCCUUCUUACUUUUCUCAAGAGCGAGUCCUUAAUACAGUAAUGUUUUUACAAACAGCUUCCAUGAGAGGAACUCUGCAGCACAAACUUAUGAAAAACAGAUUCCAUAUCCAAAUGUUUCGAAGAAAACAGGGGAGACGGUUGGUGCACCUCUCUACUCCGGCGGAACGAAAGUAUUUUCUUUCUAUUUACGAUACCUAUGAAGCUUGUCUGAAGAAAAUUGGCCAUACUUACAAUAUUUACUUACUCUAGUUUAAAGCGAGGCGAGAAAUGAGGAGGAUAAAUCGUUUAUUUAACCUUCCCCCUAUCUGAUAUUGAAAAAAAAAAAACAAAAAAAAAAUACAAACUAGAACGCUAGCUACUACGCAUACUGUAAAAAGAAAACCUACCAUGCAGGAAGCGUGGUCGUGAGCCCAGAAAACCACAGAUCCAAAUUCAUUGUCAUUUGUGAGAGAUGUCUGCGGAACCAAUUCAAGUUUCUAUUCGAACAAACGGAGAUUGGUAAAAUAUAGCCUUUACGGGCUCAGCGUCGCGGUAAAGAGAAUGUCGUUCGAUGUACUGAAUAACAGAAUUUGGUAGAAGAUAGCGGAUCGACAUUCCCCUUCGAAUAAAUAAUCGAACUUUUGUCGAGGAUAUAUCAUUAUAAAUUAAUUGUUUGAUAACCAAAACAUUUCCACGGUACGCAAACAAAAGAUCAUGAGCAAGUAGAAAGGCCCAAACGUCACUUCCGGUCCGCUCGACAAUAACACAACCAAAAUUGCCAAGUAUAUGAUGCAAAUCCGAUUCCGACCAAACACCAGGUUCUCCCAUACUAGCAAUCAAAUCACCACCGGCCAAAAGCAUGAUCUUACAAGGACGACGAGAUCCAUCGGAUAAGCGAAUGCCACCGCGCUUCUUGUUAAUCUCUUCGUCAAAAUGGUCCAAGACUUCUGCAGUUCGUGUAUACUUUUUCUGAAGACUUUCCCAUGCAUCGACCAUCAACCAGCUGGAUGUACGCUCGCAAGCCAAUUCACACAUGCGGACUCGAUGAUGUGAAGGUGCCAAACCUUCUUUUUUGUAAUCAUCAUUGACUGGAGAGAAAUAACCAGCAAUCAAUUCCAUGUUAGUUUGUUCAUGAAUGGUAUCCGUUGCCAUUUCAAACAUACGUAAAUGGAGGUAGGUGAUGGGAGAAUAGGAUCCACAUGCAACCAGAACGAGAGGGAUCUUACUUUCAUCGAUCAAGUUUUCUCGAAAACGAUGACAAGGGAAUGAAUAGUUGUCUAAAUUACGAGCUUGACGAGUGAUACCACGGGGGACUUCCUCUAAAUCUAUAACUUCGCCAAAAGGAGCAACGUCACGACGAUCUUGUUGAAUAGAAGGACCACCCGUAUUUUGUGGAACCCAAGCGCGAGUUACACUAGGACGGCGUAUACGAGCUUCGUGUUCACGGGCAGCAUGAUCACCCAGCCAGUCUUCAUCAGGACUGUAUUCUCCAGAACUUUGACUUUGCUCACUCUUCUGGCUCUUUAAAUCGGGCUUGUUUGCUGGGGUUGAUGGACGGGUAUUUGCUGGUGUUUGUUGUGGAGUAGGACCGGGAGUCGGUUUUUCGAGCAUGCUGGUGGUGGAUAUUUUUGGCACACCAUCCUUAAUUGACGUUUCCAUGUUGUGAGCAAUAAAAUAAAACCAAACUGGUAAGGCAAUGAAACGAAUUGAAAGAAAAAUGCAAUAUAAAGAAUCCGUAAAGAAACAAGGUUGUUUAUACAAAAGAACAAAAAAAACGAACCGAUAAAACAGGAAUAAAGAAAACGAAAUAGUUGUUCCGCUAACUAAACACAGAUUGAAACAAGCAAAUAAAGAAAUAAAACCGAAAACCCUGUAAUUUGGAAAACGGAGAUAUCAAAAAGAAUGUAAUAAGCUACAAAAAUGUAAGGCUUAAUUAAACAAAACAAACUUGAGAUUUCGACCGUGUUGAAGAUGAGCAGAUAUUACAGGAAGGAUGAAAAACCGGUUACGAAGAAGAAAAGACUGAAAGGAAAAGCGACAAGCAACCUUCUUUAACCAAAUGUAGAAGUGAGGAUCCAAACAAUAACAGGGAUUAAUUGAAAAGCUACGCAGGAUUCCCAAUUUGAAAGCUAGCAAGGCCUGUCUUCGUAACGGAUGUGUAACCUAGGUAAGCUUUAGAUCCCACUCACAAUUCACUGUAAGAUAA